CUUGGCGUCCCUUUCGUAAGCUACAGUUGUGCCGUUAAUAUGCGACGCCAACGCGGCGGCGGUCUGAGCGGAGCUGCUGCUGGGGCACAAGAACAGCUGGAGGCAGCCAGCGAGAGAUCACGUACUUGCAAAUUUCUGCACAUGCUAUGGAAUUUGGUGCUGUUCAUGGUCAUAAGCAUGAUGAUCUGCGUCUUUAUGUGGCUGAUAUAUCUCAGCAUUGAGUACUAUGCAUGCAAUUCGGAAUAUCGCUUCGCCAAGAUGCGCAUACGUUUCAUUGAGCGCGAGCGUCGUCGCCAAUUGGGCGGACGCAUGCCGCUGUCGCCGCUGGAGCACGAGGUUAAUCAGCAGCUGAUGGCAAUGAAGCUGGUCGAUGAGCAAGUGUGGAAUAUCUGGCGCGAUUAUCAGCCGCGUCCGCACUUUCUCUCCAAGUACCAAAUCAACGAGACUCUCAUGUACAAUCUGCUGCGUGCGAUGCCCAAGGGCGGAUUGUUGCAUGUCCAUGAUGCGGGCAUGUUCAAAACUGAUUUGCUUUGCAACCUGACGCUCUACAGCGAUUUGUGGGCCUGCAUUGGUCCCCAGGGCAGCUUCGAGGACUUUCGCUUCUCCAAAAGCCAUCCGAAAAUACCUCCGCAGGACGAUUAUUUCUGCAAUUGGAUGUUAAUGCGCAACUUUCGCCUGCAGUCCGAUGACAGCUAUGAGAAGAAGCUGCAUCAAAGUCUGUCGCUGGAUGCGCACAGCUUUAUGAAUGCCUCACAUUUGGCACAGCACAUGAAGCGAGCUCAUCGUUUGAUUUAUGGUUUAGUUACCUAUCGCCCCAUAUGGCCGACAUUCCUAAUGAAUAUGCUGGAGGAUUUCUAUAACGAUGGCGUCAAUUAUAUUGAAUUGCGCUCCUCAUUGCCAGUUCUGUAUGAUCUGGAGGGUUCGAACUUUACCAUCUUGGAUACGGCAUUUAGUGUGGUAACAGCCACGAACAUAUUUCGUUCCAGUCAUACGGAUUUCAUUGGCAUGAAGCUGAUUUAUGCACCAGUGCGCCAAUAUAAUGAUUCCAAAUUGAAUAUCUAUUUAAGAAAUGCGCAAAUUUUGAAGGCGCAUUUUCCGAACUUUGUGGUUGGCUUUGAUUUGAUUCAUUUUGGCAACGAGUGCGAUUUACCAGCGCUAAGCACCAACUUGCAACUGCUGCAUAUCAGCAAGGAAAUUGACUUUUAUUUCCAUGCUGGCGAAUCGCGCUGUGUGCAUCGCACAGCGGCAACUGAGCCGGAUGAAAAUCUUAUUGAUGCGCUGCUGCUCGGCAGUAAGCGGAUUGGAAACGCACUCAAUUUGCCUUUGCAUCCGGAGGUGCUGAAAGCGAUGCGAAGACUCAAUGUUGCCGCCGAAGUGUGCCCAUUGUCCAAUCAUUAUAUGCAAUAUGUUAACGAUAUGCAACAACAUCCAGCGGCGUAUCUAAUAGCCGCUGGUUAUCCCAUGGUCAUAGGCUCGGACUAUCCAUAUUUAUGGAAUGCUGCACCACUCACCGACGACUUCUAUGUGGCAUUUGUGGGAAUUGCCAAUAGUGGCGCCAAUCUGCGUCUGCUCAAGCAGCUGGCCUUGAACUCCUUUUUGUAUAGCUCACUGCACGGCGAUGAGAAAGCUCAUGCCAUAGCCAAAUGGCGUCGCAAUUGGGAUCAAUGGAUUGUGAGCUUUGUAAGCCAGGGAUAAAUGAAUGAUGAUGAAUUAACUGUAAAAGAAAAAUAAGUUUGCAACAACUGUAUAAGAUGGCUAUCUAUAUUAUAUAUAUAAAACCUGUGCUGUC